AUGGAUAAGUAUGAAAAAAUUAAAAAGAUCGGUGAAGGUUCCUAUGGUCAAGUUUUUAAAUGUCGCAAUAAGGACACAGGUGAAACAGUAGCCAUUAAAAAAUUUAUUGAAUCCGACGAUGAUCCAGCAAUAAAACGUAUUGCUAUGCGAGAAAUUCGAAUGUUAAAACAUUUGAAACAUGAAAACCUGGUGAAUCUCAUUGAAGUAUUUAAGACAAAACGAAAACACAAACUUCAUUUGGUAUUUGAAUAUUGUGAUAGAACGGUUCUUGAUGAACUUGAAUCCCAUCGAAAUGGCGUACCGGAAGCGAUGAUAAAAAAAAUUACAUAUCAAGUAUUGAAUGCCGUAGAGUUUUGUCAUCGACAUAAUUGUAUUCAUCGUGGUAAGUCGAAGUAA